GAUGAUGUCAUCAUACACCUGGUUUAAAGCUCAGUCUUGUGACAUCACAUUGAUGAGGCAUUUACGUUUCAGUCUAUAAUCAGGCGUGCUGAGUUUGACAGAAACCAUAAGAUGGAUGAUCAGUAAACUUGUGAAAGUAAAUAUAAUAUGCAGUGAAUAUGAUUAUACACUGAACUUCUACUUUAUUCAAUUCAAUUUCAGUUCAGUUUUAUUUGUAUAGCGCUUUUAACAAUGGACAUUGUCUCAAAGCAUCUUCAUAGAAACACAAUUCAUGCAUUUAUUCAUGCAGUUUUUCCAUCAGGCAAUCGUGUGGCUACAGCACAAUGCAUAAAAUCAAGUAGGUGCAGGUCAAGAGCUUCAUUUAAUGUUCACAUAAAAUAUCAGCAGUAGGACAUAAUGUGACGGGGGAGGGGGGGGGGGGGGGGCUGUUGCUCUCCUGAGUUUUUCCUCAAACAACACAUCUUGUUGAUGAGAGAGGUGAGAGGAGAAAGCUCUGUACAAGGUCGAGCUGACAGGAAGGCUAUGGUCACUUAACAACCACUCGUGACAACCGUGGUGAGCAGAAAAGCAUCUCAGGAUGCACACGGGAUCCAGUCUUUUCAGCGAGGAAAUGAAGCUACAGUGGACACAGGCUCAUCAAAAUCAGCUAGCCAAUUUUAGUGAAAUACUAAAAGAAAUGGCUAAAAAGACUCCAUAGAACUUAUAGGGUUUUCCAUCAAGCUCUUUUAAUACGACUUUGCAAAAAAAAUUUCAAAAAUGUAAAAAAAAAAUACAAAAAAAAUGAAUAGAAAAGAAAUAGAGAGAGGACAAAGAGAGAGAGAGGACAGAGGCAGAGAGAGAGGGAGAUGACAGAGAGAGGACUGAGAGAGAGGACAGAAAGAGAGAGAGAGGGAGAUGACAGAGAGAGGACAAAAAGAGGGAGAGGACGGAGAGAGGACAGAGGGGGGGGGGCAAAGAGGGAGAGAGAGAACACAGAGAGAGGGGACAGAGAGGGAGAGGAUAGAGAGAAGACUGAGAGAGAGAUAGAGAGAUGACAGAGAGAAGGAGGGGACAGAGGGAGAGGGAGAAAGAGAAAGGAGAGAGGGAGAGGACAGGGAGAGAGAGAAAGGAGAGAGAAUAGAAAAUAAAUUUAAAAAAAAAUCUAAAAUGUUGUACUUUAAAAAAUAAUAAUAAAUAAUAAACUGUAAGGUGUUUAAAAAAAUAAAAAAAGGAAUAUCUGCAGGGGACAGGGUGUCUUAGUGGUUUGCCUUGCACCAGGGUUGGGGGUUCAAAUCCCGCUUCAAAGUGUAGCCUCCCAGUGCUUCGGUGGUUUCCUCCGGGUACUCCCCCAGUGCUUUGGUGGGUUCCUCUAGGUACUCCCCCAGUGCUUUGGUGGUUUCCUCCGGGUACUCCCCCAGUGCUUUGGUGGUUUCCUCCGGGUACUCCCCCAGUGCUUUGGUGGGUUCCUCUAGGUACUCCCCCAGUGCUUUGGUGGUUUCCUCCGGGUACUCCCCCGGUGCUUUGGUGGGUUCCUCUAGGUACUCCCCCAGUGCUUUGGUGGUUUUCUCCGGGUACUCGGCCAGUGCUUUGGUGGUUUCCUCCGGGUACCCUCCCAGUGCUUUGGUGGUUUCCUCCGGGUACCUUCCCAGUGCUUUGGUGGGUUCCUCCAGGUACUCCCCCAGUGCUUUGGUGGGUUCCUCCAGGUACUCGGCCAGUACUUUGGUGGUUUCCUCUGGGUACUCUCCCAGUUCUUUGGUGGGUUCCUCCGGGUACUUCCCCAGUUCUUUGGUGGGUUCCUCCCCCAGUCCAAACACAUGUACUGUAAGCUGAUUUGACAUUUCCAAACUGGGCGUGUGUACGUCUGCGAUGGGUUGUGCCCAGAGUUCCCUGGAACAGGCUCCAGGCGUGUAGGAUAAGUGGUAUGGAAAAUGGAUGGAAUCAUUUCAGAUCUCUUGGGGUCUCGACCCACGAACACUGAAAGAGCGCUACGCUAUGAACACUGGUGCACACUUAUCGCCUCAGCUUUCAUCAUGCAUUAUGCCAUUUAAAUAAAAAAACUCUUCCCAUGUGUUCACUUGUUCGUGCGUAACUAGACAGCAGUAAUGUCCUGAGGCUUAACUAGCUAAGCAGCAUCCCAGAUGUGUCCACAGGUAGUGGUGGUAUUUUGUCAACGAUUACACUGUGAUAUUCUACACAAUAUUCCGGUUAAUGACCCAUUAUGCGAGGUCAUGGUAACACGUAUGUGUCAUGCAGAUAGCUGGCGUUUUAAAAAAAAUUUUUUUUAUAUGUUCUGUGACUAAACGAUGAAACCAAUCAGCAGUUCAUCCUCCUUCUCUCCUCGGUCUCCUCUUUUCUUUCAUGCCUCUCUGUCAUGGAUGUAAGGAAAGAGGGAGCAGAGAACAAAUGGAGGGAAAUAAAUGAGGCUCCAAUCAUAAGAUUGCAUGCCGGGGAUGGUGGAUUAUGUGGAGAGAGGGAGGCGGUGAGGGACAGAGACAGAAGGGGCAUGAAGGUGACCACGAUUGAGACAAAGAUGAUGACAGUAGAAAUAUGAAACGGAUAAACGAGAGGCGAGAAAUGAAUCUGUCUGCCAAGGAGGCCGGAUGACAGCGAGAGAGAGAGAGAGAGAGAGAGAGGGUGUGUGUGAUGAAUGGAUGGAGAUAGAAGUGAAGACAAUGCGGGCGGAGGGACGGAAGCGUGUGGGAAAGGGGAUGAUUGAGCGCCUGCGGAUUUGACAAGUGAAAGAAAGGAGACAACGAGACCACGUUCUGAUAGCUGGGUGUCAUCGCACAUCACUUUGAUUGUGUGAACGCGCAAGUUCUUCUCCUGGGUUAAACCUCACACCUCAAACGGUGUCUCAACCCGAAAUGUUUUUCACAUGUUCUCAUCAGCCUCCUGUCUUCGCCUAGAUCAGAAAUAAAGACGUCUGAUUCCGUUUCUGUCACACCACCAUGGGGGGAAAAAAACAACUGGAAAUGUGCUCAGGAACAAUGUGCUAAUAUUCAUGUGGGCAAAUUUUGACUCUCAACGGGGAGUCGUUUUUGCCUGCCAUGUACAGUACAACCCAAAUUCCAAAAAAGUUGGGACAGUAUGGAAAACGCUAAUAAAAACAAACAGGGGUGAUUUGCAAAAAACUGUGACUUGUAUUUAAACAAAGAAAAAUGUAUAAAGACAAGGUACUUGAUGUUUUACCUAAUAAACUGCAGAGUUAUUUUUUUUUAAGGUAAACGCUUAUUUUGAAAUUGAUGCAUGCAACAUGUUCCAAAAAAGUUGGGACAGGGGCAAUUUAGGACUAAUAGCGAUGUGACAAGUUGAAAUGAGAAGGCGAUGUGAAACAGGUGAGGCAAUCGUCUAAUCAUAGUAUAUAAGGAACCUCCAAAAAGGCCUAGUCCUUGAAAAACAAGGAUGGGUCGAGGCUCGGCAGAACACAGUGCAUCACGGCUUGUUGCGUAUGGGGCUGCGACCGGUCAGAGCGCCCAUGCUGAACCCUGUCUAUCACUGAAAGCGUCUACAUUGGGCAGGUGAACAUCAGAUAUGGACCAUGGAACAAUGGAAGAAGGUGGUCUGGUCUGAUGAAUCAUGUUUUCUUUUACAUAUUGUGAACGGUCAAGUGCGUGUGUGUCGCUUACCUGGGGAAGAGACGGCACCAGGAUGCACUAUGGGAAGACUGCAAGCUGGCGGAGGAAGUGUGAUUCUCUGGCAGUGUUCUGCUGGGAAAACCUGGGUCCUGGCAUUCAUGUGGUUGUUACUUUUACACAUACCACCUACCUAAACUUUGCUGCAGACCAAGUACACCCCUUCAUGGCAGCGGUAUUCCCUAAGAACAGAUCUCCCCAUCCCUACCCCCAGCGUCUGACAGAGAGCAGGAUGCCGCUGUGAAGUUGGAUCAGGAACGGGCUGAAAUUGUAGCCAGAUAUGACGAGGGUGUGGAAGGUGGUUCGGUUGAGCCGUGGGAGGAGGCGAACUAUGACCUCUACAAAGUGGUGGACCGCUUCGGCUUCCUGCAUGAAAAUGAACUUCCAGCCUUCAAUGCCAUGGAGGAAAAGCAAAAGCAGCUGGAACUGGAGAGGACAGAAAAAUGGCUGAAGAUGCUGAAAAGCUGGAACAAGUACAAGAACAGCGAGAAGCUGGUAAGGAGGAUCUAUAAAGGAAUCCCACUACAGCUUCGAGGACAGGUCUGGUGUCUCCUCCUUGACGUCCCCAAAAUAAAAGAGGAGAAGAAGGACUUCUACGAGAAGCUGAAGAUGAGAGCAAGAGGUUUGUCCCCUGAUAUUCGUCAAAUAGAUUUGGAUGUGAACCGCACAUACAGAGACCACAUCAUGUUUAUGCGCCGCUAUGACGUCAAGCAGCAGGACCUGUUCCACGUCCUCACGGCGUACUCCAUGUACAACAGGGAGGUGGGAUAUUGUCAAGGUAUGAGCCAGAUCACCGCUCUCCUCCUGAUCUAUAUGAAUGAAGAGGACGCAUUCUGGGCUCUGGUCAGGCUGCUAUCUGGACAGACACACGCGAUGCACGGAUUUUUCGUGCCAGGUUUUCCAAAGCUGCUGCGCUUCCAAGAGCACCAUGACCGGAUCCUGAAGAAGAUGAUGCCUAAACUUAAACAACAUCUAGACAACCAGGAGGUUUUCACCAGUCUCUAUACCAUGAAGUGGUUCUUUCAGUGCUUUCUGGAUCGUACCCCUUUCACAUUAACCCUCAGGAUAUGGGACAUCUACAUUCUAGAGGGAGAGCGAGUUCUGUCUGCGAUGUCCUACACCAUCCUCAAGCUCCACAAAAAGACCCUGAUGAAGUUCUCCAUGGAGGACCUUGUGGAGUUCCUCCAAGUUACUCUCUCGAAGGAUUUCUUCUUCGAUGAUGACUAUGUAAUCGAGCAGCUCCAGAGUUCCAUGGCUGAACUCAGACGCACCAAACUAGAGCUUCCUCCUCCAGGUAAAGACGAGGAGUUUCCUACAAAGCCACUGGGCCAGCUUCCACCAGAGCCUGAGGGAUUGGUGCCAAAGAAAGCCAAUCACAUCGCUAAUGGGCGGAUGGAGGCUCUGCCCUCUCCGAGCACAGCCACGGAAACAACCGUUUCGGAAAACAGAGAGAAAAAAGACUUGGCGGAUAAAACAUCACAAAAGAUAGAGAAAGGGGAGGGGGCCAAAGAAGCCAGGCCCUCUGAGAGUGGAAAACCGCACGUGUCAUCGAGUCAGAACUUGGAUGUAGGUCCCAGUGGGCGGAGAGACAUUGGGCCACGCUGGGUAAAACCAUCUGAGGGCAGGCUGGCGGCCAUGAUGGACAGCCGCACGAUCGUCAGUAGCACGGUAACCUCUUCUCCUGCCAUGUCAGUGGCCAGCGUACUGCCCCAUCAUCAUCAACCUCGCUCCCGAGGUUUCGUGCCCGGCGCAAACCGUGGCUCUAACGCCUCACAGUACGACAACGUUCCAGAGUCCGAUGGAGAUGUUGCAGACAUUUCAGGUAUCACGCAAGUUUCAGAACCUUCUCAUGAGUACAUGGGACCAUCUGUUAGACAAGGAAGCCCUACAAGGCCCCCUAGUGGUGGUAUCACUGCUCCAACUUUCAGAAUCCCUAAAAAUACACCCGUACACCUGAUGGCCGACCCUCACCAACCUUUACACUACACACCAGGCAUGACACCUCUUUAUUCCCCCUAUCCACCCAAAAUGCAGCCCGAGAACAGAGCCUAUGGAGUGAUAUAUGAUGAGCGGGCUUAUGGUACUACAGUACGCUCCACACCCCCAAAUCGCUCACCAGAAAAAUCACUGAUGAAUAACUACAACUACACCACAUACCGGCGCCAACCAAUAAAUGCAGAUCUUGCAGGCCAGAUGGACAACCUUGUUGAAAGCGGGUAUUUCCUGAGGCAGCCUACUGGUCAUGUAGAUCAGCGAUAUGAGAGGCAGUGGCAAGGCCAAGGCUGGCACGGUGAGAUGGACGUGGAUGUGGCACCCCUGCGCACUCCGGGUGGGUUACCCCGCUCAUCAAGCUUUCAGAAAGCCCAGCUCUCACCUCUGCACCCCAGUCAGGAGUUCAGCUUCCCACCAGUGCCAGUCACAGACGGCGUUAUACACUACAGAGCUGUGACCGGCAGGAAACAGACGAAUACGGUGUUCGGAAGACCUCAUUACCGACAAGAGGCCUUCGCCAUGCAGGAGUCCAUGCUGCUCUGAGAGCGAGAGAGACAGAAAGAAAGAGUGAGACAGGAUGUGAAAUGGUGAGAGAGAAGUUGAGAUGUGGACCAAAAGAGCGAGAGAAGUAUGGUUAGAGUGAGUGAGAGAGAUUAAGAUAUGGACUUAAAGAGUGUGAUUAAGAAAUAUGGAGUAAAAAAGUGAGCGUGUUAUUGAGAAUCAGUGAUGGAUGGAAAGUAUAAUUGCUGGUUAUCUUGAAAAGUGUUUGUGUGUGAGAGAGAGAUCUGUUUGUUUGGUUUGUUUAGUGUUUGGUUUGUUUACUCGUUGUGAGACUCUGUCCUCAGCGUCUUUACUGAACCGAUAUGGCAGGACCCACCAGAUCCAGGUGUUUAUACUGAUCAAGCAUCAAGGACCGACUAAAGAUUUAUUUUCUUCUUUUUCUUCUUUCCUUAAAUAUCCUAAUACUUAACAGCAGCAUAUUUUUUACAUUGUACAGAAAGUUUUUUUUCCACACAUAUUUAUCCAUGCUUGUCAAUAGCAUGAAUUGGAGAGAAAAGAAAACACGAAAAAAAAAAAUUGUUUUUCCAUACUUAGUUUUCCGUACAUAAAAUCUUUAUAUGUAUAUAAGGAAUACACAUUUUUGAGCUCGGGUGAUUAUAUAAGGUUGUGAAUAUGAAAAGAAUAAGCUAAGAUUCGAACAACAAAAAAAAAAGUCCCUCUUAUAAAUAUUUUGUUUUUGUAUUAUUUUUUUUGCACAAAACGUUCUGAGAUUUCUGAGAGGUUCAGGAGAGGUGUACGGUAUAACUGUCAGUCUACAGAGUUUGAUGAUAAGUUGGAUCCUGAAUUCCGUCAUCCUUCCACCUCGUGGUAAAACCCUAUAAUGAGCCUCAGCGCAGAUGGAGCAUCCAGCUUAUCGCACUUUGCACAAAUCUUUCCAUGGUGAGAUCAGGUCAGGAUUAGAAAAGCAGAAAUGUUCAAUGUACACUCAGGUUAGAGAUGUUUUUGUCACAAAAGCUGCUUUGGAAGAGAAAUAACAGCAUGAAAACACUAUCAUCAUCAUCUGUGCAAAAAGCAAUAUCUUUAUAUAUAACUCAUUCGUUUAGCUUUAUUUAGUCAAUAUACAUAGGCUGCCAGUUUAUUAGGUACUUGUCGGUAGAGGUGUUUUUUUUUUUUUUUUUUUUUUUUUAAAUCCCAAUCCCAUUAUUAUUCUUUACACCUGCAGGACAUACUUUCUCAAUCAUUAAUUUAGUUGUUGUUAGUACUCUAACAUGUUAAUGAACAUGGUCUUUCUUUGUCCUACAGCUUUAUAUCUGACAGCAUGCAAGGAAGAAAAAACUUUCCAUUCCCAACCAUUUUGGUUGCAACCCAGGGUCCUGGAGGAUCCCACUCACGAUGCACACCUCUACUUCUACCUAUACUCACUGGCCAUUUAUCCUGGGUUUAAUAAUACAUGGGGUAGAGAGAGUGUACACCUUGUUCAGAGAAAUGAAAUGUACCCUAACUUUUAUAAGCUCUACUCUUGGAACGUGUUCUGAAAGGGAAACUUUCCCGUUGCAGGGUUCUACAUAGACCCUUUAAAGGAACGCACCAAAGAAUGCUUUAAGAUGCUAGAUGGAAACAUUUUUUAGUUGUACCUAAUAAACUGGCAACUCAGAGUUUAUGUAUAACUAACAAGGAGUGCAGUUUCCUUUUUUUUUUUUUUUUCUUUUUUCAAUGGUAGUGCUGUAGCCAGAGCAAUCAAAAUCAGUAAGAAACACAUAUCCAACACUCCUGUGUUAGUGUUUGACAAUUUAUUCUAACUAUGAACAUGUUCACGUUUUCCAUCAUGCAAGAAGAACAUCAGAUUUUACUCUCCUGAAAAAGUCAGUAACAGAUUACUGCUUCAGAAAAGUGGAAACGAAACACACCUGUGAAAAAUAUCCUUUCGAUUAGUUCAAGUGGACGACGUUAUGUAGUGUAAAUAAAUGAAGAUUUCAACACACACACACUUUUUUUAAAAAAAAGUUGUCGUCGUGCCCCGUUAAGCAGGCCGAGUGGCUUCUGUCCAGCGCGUCUUUCAUUCCGGAAAAUGCAGAUACUGCAGCUUACUUCAGUAAUAAAUGUAGAGAUUAUGAACCUUGCAGAGUACUGCAGAAAAAGUGCUGGUGAGAAUUUGUGUACGAUUCUGCAGUUUCUAAGAUCCAUGUACUUCAUGCAAAAUGGUUUAGUUUUAUUUGUGGAAUUGCUCUUUUUUUGUGCAAUUUUAAAUUUUUUUUUUUUUUUUUUUUCUUUUCAGUAAAUUCCACUGCAUUAGCCUGGCUGCUAGUGACCUACAGUCUGGAACUGCUAACAACUUUUCUGGCUUUUCUAUAAAUAAAUUUAAAAAAACAAAAAGAGUGAUAGUAAAUAUACUGGAUGUAAGUAAAGAAUGUGUACUGCGAUGUAUACACUCUUCAGCUGGUCCACAUAUUCCUUCUGCUAACACUAACGUUUUACUGCACUGCAUAAAAGUUUAUUUUCUUUGAUUUUUUGUAACGAUCAUUGAGUACUACGGGGAAUCACCGGCUUGAAGAGUUUAGAAGUACAGAAGGGUACAGUUUGAAUGGAACAGAGCCUGUGCUGUAUUCUCCAUCUAGCCUUCUCACUGGAUAUUAACUUAUUAUGAAGUGUCUUUUAUCUGUUGCACAUCUGUAUUACAGCACCUCACCAAACAGACUACUAUAACACUUUUUUUUUUUUUUAUACAGUGUACAUCACAUUUCCAUUUUAUAUCAAAUCGACAUCAUUUCUUUACACAAACUUAAACACUAAAAAUGCAUAAUAUUCAUGCUGAUUAUAUGUGUAUAUAUAAAAUAUACUUCAUGUGGAAUCUACUAAGCACAACUCUCAGGCUGACUCGUGUAUUCCCACCCACCCAUCAAUCAUUAGUGCUACUACAGGCCUGAGUGUGUGUAUAUAUUGUUAAAGGACAGUGCAUUUUGAUACAGAGUUUUAGUUGUGAUUAUUCAAACAGGAAGAUUAAUUUGUUUCUUUGUUUUGUUUGUUUGUUUAAACUACUAAAUGCAACGUGGCGAUCAAAAAUGACUUUGUCUAAUAAAAGAAACCCUCCAAGGGGUUCAUCAAUCAAA